CUCACAUUGUCGAAGAGGAGAAAAGAUAGGGAAGAUGAAGAAAUGGGUGUGAAUCAUGGGAAAUAGAGACUAUACAUGGGAGAGAGAAUAUACAUAGGAGAUAGAGUAUACAUGGAGGAGAGAGAAUAUGCAUGGGAAAAAAGUAUGCAUGGAAGAGAAAAAAAUACAUAAAUAUGUAUUAUUAUGUGUGUAUAUAUAUAUAAUGUAAGGGUUAAAUUGUAAAUAGCUACUAAUAUUAGUGAAAAUAUUGAGUUCAAUAGAUUUUCUUUUGUAAAAAAUGAAAUAUUCAAGAUAUUAACCUAAUAAUCUCAAGGACUUUUAUGUAGAAAUCCCAAACUGAUUCAUGUAACCCAAUGGGCCGAAAAUACUGGGCCAUUAAUCGAGAAAAUUUCAGGGGCCAAUAUUUUCGACUUGUGGCCCUCCGACCAAUAUAAAUUGAAAAAUACGACGAAUUUGAAAAAAUCCUCAACGGUCGAAUUGAGUAUUCAUUCUCUCAUUGCAGAAUCGCACUCUCCAUCUUGAAUUCAAUCGACAAUGGGCACGAUUAAACGAUCGAAAUCCUCUUCUGAACGCCAAAAUUGGGAGAAAAUCUUCAGCGCUUUGGUUCGGAUGCUAGAGACUCAACAGAAACAGCUCGAAACUCUCGUUAAAGAGCGAAAACUUCUUGAAGAUCGCAUCCGAAUGCAACACAAUCGGUGGAUCUCAGAUACUCGUCUUUACGAAGAUUUUAUCUGCCAGUUGAAAGGGGAUUUGGUUUUACGAGAUAGGGAACGCUCCCUCGAGGCAUCAAAGUUAGAUUUGAACAUGAGUUUGAAACAGAGAGACAGUUUCCUUUGUCAAAUCAUAUCAGAAUACACGAACGACGAGUUGCAAGAUUUCAAAGAAUUAUUUAGCCUGCUCUCUACUAAAAUCACCGAUCCAUCUGAUGUUACUUCAAGAAGCUCAUUGCAUAGUGGAAAAUCUAACGAAAGAAAACGAAAUUCUAAAACCUUGAAUAUCGAGGUACAGAGAUUACAAAAUGCAAAUGAAAAGCUUCAAUCAGAAAGGAGUUCUGAGGUAACUGCACUUCUGGCAGAGAAGACGUUUGUAUGGAAUCAGUACAACAUUAUGGAGAAUGACUACAAAAGUAAAUUAAGGCAUGAGCGUACAGAAGUUGAACUAGCAUGUACAAAGAUUGAAAAUCUUCUUGCUAAUAUGGAACGACUUCAAUCUUUGAAUGAUGAAAAAGAUUGUACAAUUGGAGCCUUAGAAAGCAAGUUGGAAAAGAUGGGGAUUGAUUCUAGAAAAUUGAAUGAUGAAAUUUCUAGAAUCUCACAUGAACUGGAAGUCUUAAGAAAGCAUAAUGGUGCAUCAGUUACACCUAUGUUAAACCGAUGCACAUCUGGCUAUAGAAUAUUUGGCUUCGGAGUGAAGGAAAAAGAGAAGGGUAGUGGUAAUAACAUCAUUGUGAGGAAAAAAGCAUCUUCCGAGACCAGAAAGCUUGAAUAUGAUGAAACAGAUAGAAGAAUGGCCAAGAUUCCAAGUAUGGCAAGCAGAGGCCUUGGUGGUGGAGUUAUGGAAGCCAAGGCUUGUUCUGCCCAUCCUUGUUUCCAUGCUGGCCCUCUUCUUUCUCUUAUAAACCAACCCAUUUCUCCCUAG